AAAUCAAUAAGAAGGGUAUUAAUAAUAUUCUCUCCUUUUAUGAAUCUGACAAAUCACACUUUGAGCAAGUUCUUUUGCAGAAUAUAUACAAAACUAAAACCCAAGUAGUUACUAGACGUCAUUCACAAGACAUAAAUCAUUAUACUUACACUCAACUUGAAAAUAUGAAGAAACAAAAAGAUAGCCAAGUAAGUAACCAUACACAAGUAUCAACUGUUCAACAGCAUACUUCAUUAGAAUUACAACAGGAGUCACUAUCUUCUAAAACUGAUCAUCUAAAAAAGAUACGUUGUAUUACUACAGAUGCGGAGAAAGCUAUACUUGUUCAAUUAUUUGAAUUUGAAAAAGAAUUACCUGAAAUCACAAUCUCAAAAGUGUUAUCUGAAAUUCAAACUGUUUCAUCAAACUGGACAGCCAAAAGAGUCAAAUAG